UCGAUUUCAACCACAGCACGCGAGAGCGAGUCGAGAUAGGGGCGGGAGAUAGGCAGACUUUCACCACUGUUACCACCGCUACCAACCCUCUUCUCGCACGGCCUUCCCACCCCUUCUGCCACUCUGAGACUGUGAACACAGUCUACUAGGUGGGACCGGGCACUGUAACAUCAGUGCCCUUUCACAACUGCGCAGACAACCGCAACAUAUCACUGCCUCCUCAUUCUUUCCUUUCUACUGCCGCAAAGGGCAUUUUCUUUUCUGUUCUUGUGACAUCUUAUUACAUUCACGCACUUUGCUCCUCAGUUCCUCAGAGGCGCCCUAGACAGCUUCGUCGGGAUUCAACCAUACAUUGCUAGGGUCUACUAGUCGGACGUCACAAUGCCUGCCGGUCCUGGAAACGCCCAGUCGCGUUUCAGCUCUUCGCCCGAGCUGUCAGAUCCGCCGUCCAUGUUGUCGGCCCCCGGAUCGCCGAGCGCAUUCAACCGGGCGAAGGCUGGGGAGCUCGACGAGAUCGUGGUCGACCCCACCAUCCGAUAUGACGGAUCUGGUCAGCCUUUAUUAACCAAGGAUGGUCUGCCUCGAAGAAAGCCCGGCCCGAAGCCCGGCACGAGAAUCAACAAGCGCAACAGCACCAACCCGGAGGAAGGAGAGAAGGUGAAGCGAGCGAGAAAGCAGAAGGACCCCAGCACGGGACCCGCACCGAGGAGGCGGAAGGUAACCUCCCUCGACGGCGAGGGCAGCGAGUCCAGGUCGCGAGCUGCUAGCGUCAGCGGCAACGGAGUCGUCGCCCCGCCCCGACAGACGAAGAUCGCCGAGAUAGCGACCGCGGCUCCAGCCCGACUAGAGCCCGUUCUCCGGGGGGAUGUCAAGCGCGAGGUCCUACCCGGAUCGAUGUCCAGUAUCUUGAAUGCCGAUCCGGAGCCCUCGCCUUUCUCUCGUCAGCAGUCCCAGCAGCAAGCUUCCCAGCAGCAGACGCGACCAAGCGCCCCUUCGCGAUCCAGUGGCACCAAUUAUGACCCGAUCCGUUCUGCCAAUUACGACCCCGUACGAGAAACGAUGGUCCCGCACAGCUAUGCUAACCCGAUGGGAUCCCCCCGCGGACCCGCUACUACGGCGCCCGGCAUCUUCAACCGCGCGAGCGCGUCCCCUUCGAUCGCCAGCCUCGUCGAUCCCGUGCCGAGUAUCAUCUCGCCAGUCCCUUCGCUCACCUCUUUUGCGCAAAACACGCAGCCGUCGACGCAGUCGCGCAUUCGCAAGGAGCCCAACUCCAUGCCGGAGUCGCCUAAUCCCUUCCGCAAGGAAUUUGCGCCUCCGCCCGCACCCAAGCCGCCCGCCACCGAGGUCAAGAAACCGGCCCCGCCCGCAGCAGCUUCACUCGCCUCCAAAAUUGAGAUUCGCCCCAGCUCCAUCACCACCAUCGCGGCCAACGGAUCUAAGCGGACGCCACCCAAGAACCAAAGCGCGGCAUCGUCGUCGCCGCGCGUCAAUGCGACGAAGGACUCGCUCGCACCCCUCCCGGGCGGACCGGAGCGCUCCAUUCUCGAUUUUGGCAAGGCCGAACCCGGAUCCGAAUACGUGGCCCCUUCUAUCAUCCUCAACAUCCCCCUAAACGGAGAGACGAACAAGUACAUCAACUUUAUGCGGAUGGCCGAGGACCAGUACGGUUGGGAUGCGCUCCAUCCCCGCCAGGCCGAGCACAAAGCGCGCAAAGCGCGCAUCGCCGCCGCAUCGGCCGCCCUGGCCCAGAACGACUCGAGCCGGGAGGGCGACGAGAUGUCAGUGGACGAGUCAGACAAUGACGAUUCGAACGUGGACAUGGGCGGCACCAGCGGGCCGGACAAGGCUGACGGCAAGCCUGUGAAGAAGAAGAGACACUUCAAGGAAGACGAGUAUGAUAAAGAUGACGAUUUCGUCGACGAUUCGGAGAUGCUCUGGGAGGAGCAGGCUGCCGCCAGCAGGGAUGGUUUCUUUGUCUACUCCGGACCGCUGGUGCCGGAGGUGGAGAAGUCUGAAGCGGGACGUGGCGAGGGUCAACCGAAGCGAGGACGAGGCUCGCGAGGCGGUCGCGGCGGCGGCCGCGGAUCUGCCGCCGGCACCGGUCGCGGUCGCGGAGGCGGCCCGGGAUCUCGCGGAGGCGUGGUUCGAAAGCCGCGCAUGACGAAGGCCGACAAGGCCCAGAUGGACCGCGAAAAAGCCGAACGCGAAGCCGCCUUUCUCAAAUCUUCAAAUACCAGCUCGUACAACGUUCUCCACCCGGGCAGUCCGCAGUUUGCCGGAUUGUAAGCCAGGUCCCAAACCCGUCGGGGAGGGUCGACGGAUUCGCAAGGUGGGGGGGUAGGAAUGACGUAAAUUCAGCGAGUGCC